GUCAACUUCAUUUCAAAUUUUGUUUUGAUAAUUUUUACCAUUUCGAUACUUAUAUAAACUUUUUCUAGUCAAUAUUUGCUCGAUCCUUAAAAAAUUAAAAUGAGUCGUCGUAAACGCGCUAAGGUUGAAAACCGCGAUUUAGAUGAAAAGUUGAAGCAAGAUGAUUCUGAAUCUGAUCAAUCUGAGAAGAGUAAGAUUACUUCUUCAAGUCCAAAGACGGUUACCGGUCGACGCGAGUCAUCGUCGAGUCGCACGACUGAUUCGAAAAAAGAGGAUAAGCCAAUUGUUAUUGAGGAAACAAAAAGUGAAGAUAUAGAAGAAAUAAACUAUAAAGAGAUGCUUAACAGUUUGGAAGGAGCAGCAUUUCAGUCCAGAUUACCUUUUGACAAAAUGUCUUCUCUGGAAGCUGAGUGUUUCUCAGAUUUACAAGGACCUUCCAGUCAUACCUUUGUACAAAUAAGAAACCGUGUACUAAAGCUUUGGUUUGAAGAUCCCAAGAAGCAGCUUACUUUAGAACAAGCUGUUCGAAAAAUGGAACCGCCUUAUAAUGGUGAUCCUGCUUUGGUGAUAAGAACUCAUGCAUUCUUAGAGAGACAUGGCUUUAUAAAUUACGGUAUAUAUGAGAGAGUGACACCUAUUCCCUCUCCACCCAAAGGGAAACAAAGGCCCAAAGUUAUUAUUAUUGGUGCAGGUGUGUCUGGAUUAGCUGCAGCACGACAGCUUCAGUCAUUUGGUUGUGAGGUUGUGAUAUUGGAAGGUAGAGACAGAGUGGGGGGUAGAGUUGUCACUUAUAGAAAAGGUCCCUACGUUGCUGAUUUAGGAGCUAUGGUAGUAACAGGCUUAGGUGGCAAUCCAGUUACAACCUUGUCGGUUCAAAUGAAUAUGGAGUUACAUAAGAUUAAACAGAAGUGUCCACUGUAUGAAGCAACUGGAAAUCAAGUGCCUAAACAUAAAGAUGAAAUGGUUGAACGUGAAUUUAAUCGUUUGCUAGAUGCUACGUCUUAUUUGUCACAUCAAGUGGACUUUAAUUACUACAAUGACACUCCGGUCUCUCUCGGACAAGCUCUCGAAUGGGUGAUAAAACUACAGCAAAAAAAUGUUAAACACAAGCAGAUCCAGCAAUUGAAAGCUGUGAUAACAUUACAAGAGAAAUUGAAAAACAAUAUAAAUAAAAUGUCCGAUGUAAAAGAACUAUUGAGAUCAAUGAAAGCCGAAAAGGAAGCAUUGCUCAUUGAGAAAGAAAAAGGUAUGGCGACUGGGGAUGCAAGUAUUUUACAAGAGUUCAACUUGCGUCGACUAAACCGGGAAAUGAACCAGCUGUGCAACGAAUACGAGGCUAUGGUUACACAGAACAGCACCAUUGAGGAUAAACUGACGCAACUUGAGACUAAUCCGCCGAGUUCCGUGUACCUAUCGGUACGAGACAGGCAGAUAUUGGAUUGGCACUUUGCUAAUUUGGAGUUUGCGAAUGCAACACCGCUAGGAAACCUUUCUCUAAAGCACUGGGAUCAAGAUGAUGACUUCGAGUUUACAGGGAACCAUUUGACAGGUAUGCAAUCCGCAUCAAUACGAGUUGAAAUGACUCAUCUUGGGAGUAUGCAGGUUUUUAAACUAAAUAUCUGUUUGCAAUAUCUAUAUUAAUUAUUUUAAAUAUCGUUAUGUCGAUUAAUCAUUAGUUUAAGUAGGUAUAUUAUUUAAAUAGCUACCUGGAUAGACUUCGUUCUGUCAAAAGUUAAUAGUAUUUUUAAUAAUAAUAUUUUUAAUUUUUUUUAAGUAUUAAAACCUUUUGUGGAAUGAACAUAACGUGGAAGAAACAU